AUCGUGAUACUGUAUUUCCAACAGUAGAGCCGCCGUCCAUCUGUCAAAAAUAAUCACAGACAGUCAAGGACCCAGCUGGGCAGCAUAACAACAUCGCUCAAGAUCACAAUUUGAUUAUCGUCAUUUGCCUUUCGGACGCACAAAAUUAUUCAGAAUGGCCGUUCCGCCAGUUCACUUCUUCUCCCAUGGCUCGACCAUGAUGUUGGGCGAAGAGUCGCGCUCAGCCGAUUACUGGAAAGCUUGCGGCGACGAAGCCAACAAACAUGGCUUCAAGGGCGUAAUCAUGAUGGGUGCCCAUUGGGACGCACGAGGCACAAACCGAAUCGAUGUGUCUAUGAACCCAAAGCCCAACAAAUCGCCGGUCGCAUACGUGCAUCCGCGGAAAUAUACCGACUACGAGCUCAACCCCGAUCUCGAGAGUGGAAAGAAAUGCAUACAGGCGUUGAGAGAGGGAGGAAUGGACGCCCGACCAAACGAAUCUUUUGACUGGAUUCACGACACAUAUCUGAUCUUGAUCCGCAUGUUUCCGGAGAAGUGCCCACCGACGACAAUCAUCAGUAUGAACUCGCGCUUUGAUCCACAUCUCCAUGCACGCGUGGGGCAAAUCCUUGCUCCAUUCCGCGACCAAGGUUACCUGAUUAUCGGUACUGGUGGCGCGGUGCACAACCUUUACCGCAACAACUGGAGCCAAAUGCUCAGAUAUACGGACAACUUCGCACAACCCUAUCCGCCUGAGGCGCCCAUGUUGGAGUUCAGACAAAGUGUCGAGGAUGUCUUCCUUCGGAACUGCGGAAAUGGUACGAAGAAGGGUGCACUAACAAGGGGUAUCACGAGAUUAAUGAAGCACCCAAUGUUUCGAGAUGCUCAUGCCACUGACGAUCAUUACAUGGCAGCAUGCUUUGUAGCAGGAGUGGCAGAUGGGAGCAAGAGGGACGGUGAUGACUGUGUGUUAGGGGCAGAGGAUUGGGAAUUAGUGAACAUGUGCAACAGUCAGUUCACGAUUGGAAAAUGGGUAGCAGCAUAAAUAUACUAACACUGAGUCGUCUUGUCGGCCACUAUUUAAUUCGAAUUGUUUUUAGAGGCUC